UGGGCAGUAAUUCGUUCGAAUCACUAAUGCAUUACAAAUAUUUCACGAACAAUCCGAAAUUAUAUGACACCUUGAGAUUGCAUCCGGAAUACUUGAUGUCACUUGAAGUGCGUGAUAAGUGUGAUUUAUCAACGAAGCAGCAAUUAGCACGAAAACUAAUUCGAUUGCAUUUGGGCGCGAAAGAAUUGUGUGUUGAGCAGGCGUUUGAUGUUAUGCGCAUGAAUUCCUACGAUUUCAUGUAUCAUCCCAUACAUCGUUUUCUGCAAUCACGUCUUGCCAAUGCAACGGCACACACUUACCUCUAUCGCUUUGACUUUGACUCUGCUGAUUUUAAUUUAUUUCGCAUAAAGCAUUGCGGCCAUGGACUGCGCGGUGUUUCGCAUGUAGAUGAACUUUCUUAUAUUUUUUUACUACCCACGUCUUUCAAACUGAAACGCGAUUCGAAAGAAUUUCAGAUGAUCGAAUGCAUGGUGAACUGGAUUACCAAAUUUGCUGCUACCUCAAAUCCAAAUGGGGAAAACAUAAAACCCUUAGUUUGGAUGCCACUGAAACCUGCGGAGCCACGAUACUGUCUUAACAUAAGUGAUAAACUAAGCUUUAUUGAGUGGCCGGAAGCGAAGAUUUGUGCAGAGUGGGAUCACUACUAUAAAGAAGCAGGUUUACGGUUAUUUUAGGAACAUAAGUUUUCUUUUGUUAAAGUAGGAUUAAAUUGAGGAUCCCAUAUGGCCGACAUGUUCUUUAAAUAUUUUUUCGUUUUCAUUACACUUUGUAUCUGCGUUUUUUUUUGGUAGGUUAGGUUAGGUGGCAGCCCCGUAUGACAGAGACUCACAUAGACAAUAAGGAGAUUAUCCUUAGUAAUACCACAUUUUGAACAGCACCCAAUACUUAAUCAAUAAAAACCUCGAGUCGAUUAUCUAUUUACGAAUUCGUCUAAUCUCAGUGCCCUGGAGCUCCUCGGAAGGACCUUGUAAUCGUGCAUAUCCUGGUUUUCUCCCAACGCUCGCUGAGCUGACAUGAGACCCCUCUAUCCAAGAGUGCACCACAAGCGAUCAAUGGUACGUCCGUCCGUUCUUUAUCCGGCGAUAAUGUUUCAUGAAUAACUUUCCUAGCCAAUACGUCAGCCACAUUUUUUCCCGCAAUGUCGCUGUGGUCCGGAAUCCAAAUCAGACGACGCUACCGAGAGGGCAAGCAGACAUUCUUUAACCAAGUUGUUGCGCACCCCCAACGCACUUAAGACCCUGAUAGUCGCUUGGCUAUCAGGAUAAAUGCUCUCCUCCUUGGCUGUCACCGGAUUCCGGAGCAGUGACUGCAUCACCUCCACUUUCGCCUGGAAUACACAGCAGCUGUCCCGAAGCCUGAACUUAGUGCUGAUGGAAAACACACGGUAGAACACCUCACCACCAACCCUGCCGUCCAAUUCGUUCCAUCCGCAAGGAAGUUCACUGCUCUCCCUCUCCAUAAGUUCCGCCAAGUCCAGUCCUCUCUUCAGAGAAUGUGAGCAUUCCAGCCAUUUCAGUGGCGCAGUAAUCUGUGCGAUCAGGGUUGAAAUGCAACCUGUAGCCUUUAUAUGUUUGUCUAGUGUAGCCUUUUCAAGAGAGAGAGAGACCAGACUACGCAAUGGUCCCUUUAUAUCCUAUAAUCCAACGAGACUGAUCGAAUUCGCUGGCACCCGAAACAUGGUAGUCUUUAGAGUCCGAGGUUCCAGCAUAAUAAAUGGACAAAAAUUCUCCAACGCGGUAACCGCUGAUAGUAGAAAAGGAACAGGAAGGCCUGGUCUGCAGCAUAAUCACCAAGUUGCGAAGUUCUCGGCUUAAUUUAUCAUUUCCUAUUGGCUUCACUUGGCACAGAAGAGAAACGAUUGACGUAUUUUAUUGAACUCGCCCAAAUCUCUAAAUAUGUAUUACAUUAUAUAUUAUCUUGCUCAUAAUUAAAGUGCUCUCUUAACAGGCAGACUGGGUAAAUAUUAGUAUGAGCAUUCAAAAAGGUCUUAUCAUAGGCCUGCUUGAGUUAUAAGCUGAUUAUCAACACUACAAAGCUUAGCGAAUGAGUAUAUUUAUUCUUUAGUUUCAUUGCAAAUAGAAACAAUUAACUACAAAGUAGUAAAGUGGAAAGCUUUUUACAAGUUGGCUGACAAUUAACUUGAUAAAACUGGCUAACCCAGUCAAAAACUAGCGUUGUGCUAUUCAUUAGUAAAUUGUUUUGGUGUAAUCCUAGAUAGUAGAAUUUUAUCGAAUUAUCACAUUGAUCAAAGGACCUACAGAGCGUUGAAAAUAUUAACCGGCCUUUGGUAAAACUUGGUGUCUUAUCACCGGAGGCCCUUAAAGCCACCUGUUGGCUUAAAAGAAAUGGGGCUUUAUUGCUAUAGUGGGGAGUGAAGUGGAAAUUGCUAGAGGCAGAAAUGACAUAUCCCAUUUGAGGAUAAGUGACCAUCAGGUCAAGGUGAAGGGAUGGUAGUCGAAAGUUCUAGUUUAAAUCAAAAUAUUCAAAUAAAUACAAACCAAUUUUACAACUUAUCGUUUGGAGAAAAUUAAGCAAAUAUUUUUCUGCUUUAGUUGACGGUAAAUUUUGGGGUAUCUUUGCAGCUAAAUCGAUGGGAAAGCACUACUUCGCUUCAUUUAGUGUGAACACCGGCCGCUUCCCUUUGCUGCGCCUUGCUUUGCUCCGCCCGCUCGGCUUUCUGUGUGGAUGCGCCCAAAGUCAAUAGAGAAUGCCAUAUUUAAAAUGAAGCUUUAUGCAAAAAGAUUUAAUUUGUCAAACAAAUAAUUUAUAUUAAAAGUUUCAUUUCAAAAUAUUUUCUGAUGCAUUUUACUGACUUCUUGAAUGAAAACUGAUUAAAAUAGUUUUCAGUGGCGUUUUCACAAGUAAAUUCAGCACCACUAAGGGAGCUCUAUUGAGACCGAAACAGAUGUGAAACCAAUGGAAAAAGAUUCGAGUUAUUUUGUAGAUGCAUCAGAACUUCCCAACCAAGCGUUUUUAGUUUUUCGUGUGGUUCGGCGCUGUG